UGAGCUUGCUUAAAAUGCGCCGUGGGCACAUUGCACUCCGUCAUCUCCCAAAAUCGCACAUCAUCACUAGUCACUCUGUUCAUAUACUCUCUCUCUCUCUCUCUCUCUCUGUAUAUGAGUAUGUACAUUUAAUAAUAUGUCUGUAUAUAACGAUAUAUUAUACAGAUGGGUGUGAAAAAUCCGAUUAUUAAAUAGCCGAUUUUGCUACAAAGAAACAGGAACUUUCGGAAUCAACCCAGAUCACCACAGUCAAAAUCCAUAUUAAAAUUUCCAUCUUUAGUCUGCAACCUAACGCUCAAUUAAUUCCCUCACUUGAUAUAUACAUUUCUUUUUCUAUAUACACAUACAUUGUAUCUCUCAUCUUUAUGGAUCCACCCAUUAUCAAUGAGAGCUCCUUUUCAGUGGCCAAUCCUUCGUCUUACAGUUUAACUGGGAUCUGGCCCUUUUCUUCUGUUAAUGGCGGUCGAAAUGAGAGCUUAGGGCUGAAAAUGAGCACCCUGAUUAGUCGACUUGGGGAACCGAAUAAUAACGGCGACGACGAAUCCACAGUGACGGAGCAUAGCGGUGGUGGUGGUGGUGGUGGUGGCAGGAAGCGGAUGGAUGUUAAUUUUGAAGAUGAAUCUUCAAAGAUCACGUCUACUAGUAGUGGCAAUGAUUUGAGCAAAUUUCAUGGUAAACGAAUGAAGAUAUCGGGAUCCAAAGAUGAUUUGUGUGGUUCGAAGAUAGAACAAAAAGGCAGUGAAAGCCAUAACCUUACUGAACCACCUAAAGAUUACAUUCAUGUUAGAGCAAGAAGAGGUCAAGCCACCGAUAGCCACAGUCUUGCAGAAAGAGCUAGGAGAGAAAAGAUCAGUGAAAGAAUGAAAAUCCUUCAAGAUUUGGUCCCCGGAUGUAACAAGGUUAUAGGAAAAGCUCUUGUUCUUGAUGAAAUAAUCAAUUACAUCCAAUCAUUGCAACAUCAAGUUGAGUUCUUAUCUAUGAAGCUUGAAGCUGUAAAUGCAAGGAUGAAUUCCUCGGUAGAAGGGUUUCCCACGAAAGAUCUUGUGACACCACCCAUCGAUGCUGCAAGGCUAUUAUUUGGCUCACAAGCAGCAAGAGGGUUCGGACCAGGGUCCGAACCCGAGUGGCUCCAUAUGCAGUUAGGCAGUAGGUUCGGGCGGGCCACAUGAACCGUAGACCACCCGAGGUGCUUGCCAAUUGCUACUUGGAAAUCGGGAAACCCUAUGGUUGUGUUGUUAGACAUGUGUGAUUGCGUGAGGUACUUGCUUACUAUAUAUAGAAAGUUAUAUCAGAAUCAGAGUAUUAUUGCUAUAUAACUAUUUAAGGCCUUUGUACAAUACCCAUCUGUAGAAAUUUGCAUUUAAGGGUUAUAUGUUGACAGAUCAGGUGUACUUGUAAGCAAAAGAGUCUCAUUAAUGAAUGUGGUACUUUACAAGUUCACAUUUAUCAUGUUAUAUACUAUUUACUUUGAUUAUUGUA